GUAAAUAUUGUUCACCUCUCAUCUUGCACUAACUUUAAACUUGUGAUCUUCUGAAUGUACCUAUUUUCCCGUAUCUCAGCAUCUGUACGGCAUAUCGUAUGAUUUAUGAAGCCUCCCAGCUCCCACUCCAUGCCACUACAAUGUUCCGAUUGGACAUGAGGGAUAUACAACAUCGCCAAUAAGUGCACAGCGCUUCGCUGGAUGGCCAGAAGGUGAGGACGUGAGGCGAGUGUGUGCCGCUUUUUCUUUCGAGUGAGCACUAGGUUAGGACGUCGCACGACACCGACUCGUUGUUUACAACGAGGCAGAAAUGUAUUCGAUUAGCAAAACUACCCACCCUGCAACUGGAGUGGAACACGCGAUAACAUGCAACUUCUUCAAUCGAGCCGAAAAAUGUCUUGUUGUUGCCGGAGCAAACAUCAUUCGUGUCUUUCGUUUAAUCCCCGACGUCGAUCCAGGGAAGAAAGAAAAGUUUACAGAGUCACGGCCUCCAAAAAUGAGACUAGAGUGUCUUGCACAAUACACUUUACAUGGAAAUGUCAUGUCGAUGCAAGCAGUACAACUAAUUGGUUCACCCAGAGAUUCGCUACUUCUGAGCUUCAGAGAAGCCAAAUUAUCAGUUGUAGAAUAUGAUCCUGAAAUUCAUAGCCUUAGAACAGUUUCGUUACAUUAUUUUGAAGAAGAAGAAAUCAAAGAUGGUUGGACAAAUCAUCACCAUGUACCUAUAGUCAGAGUAGAUCCAGAAGGAAGGUGUGCUGUAAUGUUAAUUUAUGGUAGAAAACUGGUUGUUUUACCAUUUCGUAAGGAUCCAAUCUUGGAUGAAGGAGAUUUAAUAGAAAAUCCAAAAUCAUCCUCACAUAAAACCCCUAUUUUAUCAUCAUACAUGAUUGUAUUAAAAUCGUUAGAAGAGAAAAUGGACAAUAUUAUUGACUUGCAAUUCUUGCAUGGAUAUUAUGAACCAACUUUAUUAAUUCUUUAUGAACCAGUAAGAACGUUUGCAGGACGAAUAGCUGUACGACAAGAUACUUGUGCAAUGGUAGCAAUAUCAUUGAAUAUCCAACAAAAAGUGCAUCCAAUCAUUUGGUCUGUAUCAAAUUUACCAUUUGAUUGUUAUCAAGCGGUGGCAGUAAAGAAACCUCUUGGAGGCACACUAAUAAUGGCUGUGAAUUCAUUGAUUUAUUUAAAUCAAAGUAUUCCACCUUAUGGUGUAUCUUUAAACAGUUUAACUGAUAACUGUACAAAUUUUCCUCUAAAACCUCAAGAAGGUGUAAAAAUAAGCCUAGAAAGUUCUCAAGUUGCAUUUAUUUCACCUGAUCGAUUAGUAAUAUCUUUAAAAACUGGUGAAUUGUAUGUACUAUCUCUAUUUGCGGAUAGCAUGAGGUCUGUGAGAGGCUUUCACUUUGAUAAGGCAGCUGCUAGUGUGUUAACGUCUUGUGUUUGCUUGUGUGAUGAUAAUUAUUUAUUUCUUGGAUCACGACUUGGUAACUCCUUAUUAUUAAGAUUUACUGAAAAAGAAUCGGAAAAAAUAAAUGACAUUUCAAUGUUAGAAAUGUCUUUGAAUAGCUCUAAUAGUCAAGAACAACCAACAAAAAAAAUCAAGCUGGAUUAUUUGGAAGAUUGGAUGGCAUCUGAUGUAUUAGAUAUUAAGGACCCUGAAGAAUUAGAAGUGUAUGGUAGCGAAACACAAACCUCUAUCCAAAUCACAUCUUACAUUUUUGAGGUAUGCGACAGUUUGUUAAAUAUCGGACCUUGUGGUAACAUUUCCAUGGGUGAGCCAGCAUUUUUGUCAGAAGAAUUUUCGAAUAACUCAGAACCUGAUGUAGAAUUAGUUACAACUUCUGGCUAUGGAAAAAAUGGCGCUCUUUGUGUUCUUCAACGGUCCAUUCGACCGCAGGUUAUAACGACAUUUGAUUUACCAGGAUACGAAAAUAUUUGGACAGUCAUUGAUUCAACAGUUAGUGAUAAUCGAGCAAAAACGGAAACUGAAGGAACUCAUGGAUUUUUAAUUUUAACACAAGAUGACUCUACAAUGGUUCUUCAAACUGGACAAGAAAUCAACGAAGUCGUUGAUCAGAGUGGAUUUAGUACGCAAGGUACAACAAUAUUUGCUGGAAAUUUGGGUUCAAAUAGAUACAUUAUUCAAGUUACACAAAUGGGUGUUCGAUUGUUGCAGGGUUUAGAACAAAUUCAACACAUGCCAAUGGAUUUGGGUUGUCCUAUCGUACAUGCUAGUUGUGCUGAUCCAUAUGUUAGUUUACUUUCGGAAGAUGGACAAGUUGUACUUUUAACGUUAAGAGAAGGAAGGGGUACGGCACGGCUACAUGCUCAAGCUGUAAAUUUAAUGUUUCGUCCACAAAUAGAAGCGGUAUGCGCUUACAGAGAUGUUAGUGGUUUAUUCACAACUAUUUUACCCGAGGACGUUGAUGAAGAAGCAUUUGACAAUGACAGUUCAGAUGAACCACAGAUAAUUGAAAAUCCAGAUAAUGAAGACGACUUACUUUACGGUGAUACACAGACAUUUCAAAUGCCAGCAAUACCAGUGGUUAAACCUCAGGAAACCCCUACAAAAAAGCCUCCUUGGUGGCAACAGUAUUUACAAGAAAUAAAACCAACUUAUUGGUUGUUUGUAUAUAGAGAUAAUGGAACAUUAGAAGUAUAUUCAUUACCAGAACUACGUCUGUCAUACCUAAUAAAAAAUUUUGGUUUUGGUCAGAAUAUAUUACAUGAUAGCAUGGAAUUCACAACAAUUCAAGGGUCACAACAAAACGAACCUGUAAAUCCCGAAGUUCAGGUUCGUGAGAUCGCCGUAGUAGCUUUAGGACAUCACGGAAACAGACCAAUGCUUUUAGUUAGGCUAGAUAGUGAAUUACAAAUCUAUCAAGUGUAUAGAUAUCCUAAAGGUCACUUAAAAUUACGUUUCAAAAAAAUAGAUCAUAACUUUAUUGUAGGAUUUUCAAGAAUAGGACCAAAGGAAGAAGAUAUGCCCUCGAUGAACGAUACGCGACUAUGUAUGAUGCGUUACUUUAGCAACAUCGCUGGUUACAAUGGAGUAUUUAUUGGUGGAGAUUAUCCUCAUUGGAUAUUUUUAACUGGAAGAGGAGAGUUGCGGGCACAUCCAAUGAAUAUCGAUGGACCUGUGAAGUCAUUCGCGCCAUUUAACAACGUUAACUGUCCUCAAGGCUUUUUGUACUUCAAUAGAAAGGACGAAUUAAGAAUCUGCGUUUUACCUACUCAUUUGUCUUAUGAUGCACCUUGGCCAGUUCGAAAAGUACCACUACGCUGUACACCUCAUUUUGUAACAUACCAUCUUGAAAGCAAAACUUAUUGCGUAGUAACAAGUACAGCAGAACCAUUAAAGAGUUAUUAUAGGUUUAAUGGAGAAGAUAAGGAGUUUACUGAAGAAGAAAGAAACGAAAGAUUUUUAUACCCAACUCAGGAACAAUUCAGCAUAGUAUUAUUUUCUCCCGUUUCAUGGGAUACCAUUCCAAAUACAAAAAUUGAUUUAGAUCAAUGGGAACACGUCACAUGUUUGAAAAAUGUUUCGUUAGCUUAUGAAGGUACAAGAUCCGGCCUGAAGGGCUACAUUGUAAUUGGGACAAACUAUAAUUAUGGAGAAGAUAUCACUAGUAGGGGUCGGAUAUUUAUAUUCGACAUUAUUGAAGUCGUACCUGAACCUGGCCAACCACUUACCAAAAAUAGAUUUAAACAAAUUUAUGCAAAGGAACAAAAAGGACCUGUAACUGCCAUAACUCAAGUUUCUGGCUUUUUAGUUUCCGCAAUCGGACAAAAGAUUUAUAUUUGGCAAUUAAAAGAUAAUGAUUUAGUAGGUGUUGCAUUUAUUGAUACUCAAAUUUACGUAUGUCAAAUGCUUAGUAUUAAAAGUUUGAUUCUGGUCGCCGAUGUUUAUAAGUCUGUAAGUUUGUUAAGGUUCCAACCAGAAUACAAAACUCUUUCUCUUGUUAGUCGAGAUUUUCGAACAACAGAAAUUUAUGCAAUUGAAUAUUUUAUACAAAAUAAUGAAUUAGGAUUCAUUGUAGCUGAUGGUGAAAGUAACAUUUCAAUAUUUUCAUACCAACCCGAAUCCUCUCAAAGUCUUGGAGGGCAAAAAUUAAUUAGGAAAGCAGAUAUACAUUUAGGUCAAAAAAUAAAUACAUUUUUCCGAAUAAAAUGCAAAACAACUGAUUCAGCUAAUCCAACUAAACAAUUUUCGGGUGCUGAUAAAAGACACGUAACAAUGUAUGCAACAUUGGAUGGAAGUCUUGGUUAUAUACUUCCGGUACCUGAGAAAACGUACCGACGAUUACUUAUGUUACAAAACGUUUUAGUCAGUCAUAUUUAUCAUAUAGCAGGAUUGAAUCCUAAAGCCUUUAGAACAUACAAAAGUUGUGUUAGAAUGCAAGGUAAUCCUGCAAGAGGAAUCAUUGAUGGAGACCUAGUGAGAAAAUAUCUUGAUUUGCCAGUAAAUGAGAAAAUUGAAAUUGCCAAAAAAAUUGGAACCGGUGCCCAAGAAAUCAUGGAUGACAUGCAUGAAAUUUAUAAACAAACGUCGCAUUUUUAACAACAAUUUAGAAAAAUAAUUACGUUUAAUUUUGUAAAUAUAAUUUUGGAUGUACAUUGAUGCAUAAGUAUAAGCAUAUCAUGCGAUUUUUAAAUAAAAACAACAUUUUUUAUUCGUA